AUGUUCUAUCAACUUGCAAUUCUAUUUCUAGCAAUCACCGUCUAUUCUCUCCCUUUCACGCACGUAGAACGAGUGAGCAUCAAGGGCAAAGUGAUUUGCGGUGAUCGCUAUUCGGUUGGUGUCGGAAUUCAACUCUGCGAUGGAAGUGAUUGCCUCGAAAAGGUGACGUCAUCGUCACCAAAAGGCGCUUUUCAAGCGUCCGGCAAUUGGAGUGUGUUUUUCUCGAGCGAGCCUUCUGUGCUCAUCACUCACAAUUGUGAUGUCGAAAAUCGAACGAAAUGCCUUCGUCAAACGAGAUUCCCGAUUCACGAAUGGUACGUGUUGAAGGAAGAAAAUAAAUACGACCGAAUUUACGAUAUGAAAUUGGUUCAACUAAUCGCUCGCCAAGAAAAAGAUGAAGAUGGCAAUGAAUCGUGUGAA